ACAGAGGGUACAUAAUCCGCCUUCCUGCGCGCCUGACGUAGCUCAUCGCAGAACGAGCGAAACACUUGGUUCAAAAACGGUUCCACUGUGAAACGUUAUCGCGCCGUUCGUGGGGUGUGCGCUGCCUUGAGUGACAAAGCAUGACCGGCUCUUUCAGGAAGACGGCAGGUGGAGGUGGAUGCGUCGCGGUGCUCGCAGCAUGUCUUGUCGCCUUGGCGACCGGAGCAGAGAUCCAUAGGAAUCAGCGUGGUAAGACCAUGAUACCAGGCAACAGCGUCAUAAACCUGGGCCAGCAGACCAACACAUGGAGACCGCUGGCUAAGACCACCGCCAACCUCACAGAUGUCCGAAGCAUCAAAUCGACUUUCGAGUUCCGGACCUUCGACCCGGAGGGCGUGGUCUUCUACGGGGACAACCACAGCGGCGAGGAGUGGUUUAUCCUGGCGCUGCACGGCGGCGUCCCCGAAAUCCAGAUCCAUAAAGCGGACAUCCUGUUCAGCGCAACAGGGGGGCCGCGACUGGACGACGGGCAGUGGCACCUGAUGGUGGUCAGCACCGAGGGGAAGUUUGUGCUCCUGGAGGUGGACGGCUCCAAGGCCCUGACGGUGGGCCUCCACUCCCAGAAGGUGAAGGAGGUCAUCAACGGCCAGCUCCGUCUGGCCCUGGGCGGCAUCCUCAUCGACAGCAGCCGGCUGCUGGUGCCGUUGAGGCCAGAGAUGGAUGGCUGCGUGCGGGCCGGCAGCUGGCUGGAUCUGACCGAGCCCUGGGAGAUGGUGGAGGGCGGUGCAGAGCUCCGGCCCUGCCUGGAGGCCAUCCAGCGAGGGAGCUAUUUCCCCGGCUCUGGGUUCGCCGUGUUCAACGUCUCGGCGUUGCGCAUCGAGGCGCCGAAGGGCGGAGUGGAUAUUGUUCUGGGCGGGGACUUUGCUCAGAUGAACGGGACACUGCUGAGCCUCAGAGGUGGGGACCACGCCCUGGCACUGAGCUUGGAGAUCAACAAUCACUCACAGACAAUGCUGUUCACAUACGGGAAAACAGAGAUCACCACGUCCACCAUCACAAAUAAACUCAGGCUCAUCUUUAGAGAGCGGUCCUUUGCCGUGUCAUAUGACGGGGAUUACUUAAUUGACAGUGCAACGGACCAAACCGUGGAACAAAGCAUAUGGAGAGAGGGCCAGCUCGCCAUUGGAGGACUUCUUGGUGAAGAAGAGGACGCCGUCGGCAGCAACUUUCUGGUCGGCUGCUUAGAGAAGGUCGUGGUCCAGGGAAAGCAGCUAGACAUGGAUUUGUCGGACAAGGACGUAUCCAUCUCGUCCCAUAGUUGCCCCGUUCAGUAGAGGCCCACCGUCGGGGCCUUUUACCAAUCGAUAUUCUUAUAAUUAGUUUUUUUGGUACUACUAUCGUCUCAUGUAUCUUUUGUCAUCUCGUCACGGAUGUUGUUUGGGCUAAAUUUGGCAAUAAAACAAAACAAAACAGCA